AUGAAACCACCAUCAACUUAUUGUAAAAUAAAUGAAUAUGAUCCUGAUGUAAUGUACAGACUUUCUGCAAAAGAAAUUAAUAUUGGAAAUUAUAAAAUAGGUGGAGAGGAUAGAGUAAUUGAAUAUCUUGAACAUUUGGCAAAAGUUUAUUCUAAAGAAGAUGAAAGAAAAAAAAUUUUUCAAGACAUGAUGUGUGACCUUCUUGGAUAUGAGAUGCAACCACUUUCAGUUACAGAAGCAAAAAAUGAACUUGGAAUGAGAGGAGGUGAUCCACACAGACAAGCUUGUGGCUCUUAUGGAAAAUAUAUUCCAAUAGUGUCAGACUGUGAGAAAUAUCUUAAUCCUUAUUUCCUUUUGCAUCUUGCUGGACUAUGGCUUGGAAUCUCUAGUGCUGUUUUCAGAAAAGAAAUUAUAAUUGAGUCUCUUACUUCCAUGAUACCUUUGGUACCUAUUCUAUGCUGUCAAGAUCAUCUUAUAAAUAUUCUUGUCAUAUUUGAUGCAUUAAAAGUUGGGUUAGCUGAAUUAAAAACUUAUUAUGAUUCAGUACAACCAGACCAAUUGAAUAUUGAAUGA